UCUCUCUCUCUCUCUCUCUCUCUCCUCUUUCUCUCUCUCAUGGACACGCUCUUCUUCGCCUCUUCUUCUUCUUCUCCGCUCUCCCUCUCAUGGACGGGGCCGCGUUACGAAACCCUAGGGAACCGCAGCGAGGAGCCCUAGAUCGGGGCCGCAUCCUCGCGGGCAUGGCGGGGGUCCCCCCCCUCGGGUUCCUCCUCCCCUCGUGGUGGGAGAUCGAGGUCACCGUCGCCGCGGCGCUCCUCGUGAUCGCCGUGUACUCCUUCUUCGAGAGGCUCUCCUCCUCCUCCGGGAGGGUGGCGGCGGCCGACGGCGAUGACCCGGGGGCGGCGCAGUCGCGGGAAUCGGAUGAUAGGGACAAGUUCUCCACUUCUUUUGUAGAUGAGUCAGUUCAGAGGAGACUCUCAAGGCCCUUCUGCAUAUGUAGUGAAGUUGGAACUCUUGGCCGCCAAGAAUUUAGUUGGUGCAAAUUUGAAUGGGACAUCUGAUCCUUAUGCAAUAAUUACUUGUGGUGAACAGAAGCGAUUUAGCUCAAUGGUUCCUGGCUCAAGAAACCCAAUGUGGGGAGAGGAAUUUAAUUUUUUUGUUGAUGAUCUUCCUGUACAGAUAAAUGUAACAAUAUAUGAUUGGGAUAUAAUAUGGAAAAGCACAGUUCUUGGAUCUGUGACUGUUCCAGUUGAAAGUGAAGGCCAAACCGGUGCUGUCUGGCAUACUUUGGAUAGUGCUUCGGGACAGGUUUGUCUUCAUAUUAAGACUGUAAAGCUUCCUGAGAGUUCUUCCAGGGCUUUGAACGGCUUUGCUGGAGCUGAUAUUCGAAGAAGAAUUUCUUUGGACAGGCAGGGUCCUACAGUUGUUCAUCAGAAACCUGGGCCUUUGCAGACCAUUUUCAAACUUCCUCCAGAUGAGGCACGUCUACGAUCAUCAGUUGAUCAUAGUUAUUCAUGUGCCCUGGAGAGGUCUUUUCUGUACCAUGGUCGCAUGUAUGUCUCAGCGUGGCACAUCUGUUUCCAUUCAAAUGUAUUUUCUAAGCAAAUGAAGGUGGUGCUCCCCUUUGGAGACAUUCAUGAGAUUAAACGGAGCCAACAUGCAUUUAUAAAUCCUGCCAUUACAAUUAUUCUUCGUAUGGGUGCUGGUGGACACGGUGUGCCUCCUUUAGGGAGUGCAGAUGGGAGAGUUCGAUAUAAGUUUGCGUCAUUUUGGAAUAGAAAUCAUACAUUCAGAGCAUUGCAACGAGCAGCAAGGAAUUAUCAUGCAAUGUUGGAAGCUGAGAAGCAGGAGUGGGCACAGUCAGCAUUGCGUGCACAUAGUAGCUCUAUCAAAGGUAGCAGGAGAGAGACAAAAGUGCCAAAAGAUAAUGGUGUUGUGGCUGGAAAGAUCCAACCUUUCAUCAAAGAAGAAGUUCUAGUCAGCAUAUAUGAGGGUACUUUUCCAUGCACAGCUGAGCAGUUCUUUGUUGUGCUACUGAGUGAUGACUCGAAGUUUAUUGCCGAAUAUCGUUCAGCACGGAAGGAUACAAAUCUUAAUAUGGGCCAGUGGCAUGUAGCUGAUGAAUAUGAUGGCCAAGUCAGAGAUUUAACCUUCAGAUCAUUAUGCCAUAGCCCUAUGUGUCCUCCAGACACGGCCAUGACUGAGUGGCAACAUGCGGUUCUUUCAGCUGAUAAAACAAAUCUGGUGUUUGAGACUGUUCAACAGGCGCAUGAUGUUCCAUUUGGCUCCUGCUUUGAGAUACACUGCAGGUGGUCACUGAAAACAACUUCCGAAUCUUCCUGUACGCUUGAUAUAAGAGUUGGUGCGCACUUCAAGAAAUGGUGCAUUAUGCAAUCUAAGAUAAAAACUGGAGCUGUCGACGAGUACAAGAAGGAAGUAGAGCAGAUGUUAGAGAUUGGGCGCUCAUAUCUUCUCAAGGCUAACGUUUCGGCUCAAAAUGACGAUGGAACAUCUGCAGUACCUCCUCCAUCUCAGUGCUAGCCGCAGAACCACAUCGAUUGCCGUCUCCCAAAGUAUUUCUCUAUUCAAAUCGCGGCCUUUGUGGUUCAAUUGUUAGUUACCUCGUAUCAAGCCAUUUGUACCCUGGAAAAGCUCAUCACAUCCUCCGACACAGCGACCUCUGGUAUUUAUUGCAGUUUUGCCGCCCAGCCUUCGACAAAGAGAACUUGUGGUGCGUGCUUUUUUUUUGUAUAUUCAUUGACAUGUAAUAUCGGAAGUUUGUUUCAAACAGAUAAUAUUUCUGAAAUAUAGAGAAGUUUUUUGUUGUUUGUGUUCGACAA